UAUGACCCAUGAAAUACUAUUAUGUAGAAUAAAGAAUGAGUAAAAAUUAAGGAUUGAAUUCAAGAGUCAAAUGUUGUUGGUUCUGGGGUGUCCAUAUGCUUAUGCGAAAUUUGUUAGUAAUGAUUUGGGCACACCCUUUCACUGCUUUCAUCCUCCAAACACGAUUUAUAGCCAACUAUGUUCACCGAAACUGCGGUUGAGAUGCACUCCCUUCCAACGCCACAGUUUUAAGAGCUUUUGCAAAAGGGAAGAAGAAGAAGAAGAAAUCACACCCUUUUCUCAGGGAUUCUCAGCCUUGCAAGAGGAAGACAGUCCAUGGGAGAGUGGAAAUGUGUGGAGCAAUCUUGCACUCUAUUUAUUCACUCUGCACAUCCCUUUCAGUUUUGGAGGCUUAUCCGUUGUGGCCUUAUUCAACGGACAACCUGUUAUUGACCCACAAACUGAGGCCUUAUCUCUUCUCACCAUUCAGAUUCUCGAGCUUAGUGGGACUCUAGUUUUGUUGAAGUACACAGCUAAGCCACAAUACAAGUUUACGAAUUUCUUCAAAAAGAACAACUCAUGGAGCUACAGGAACUGGUUUUUGUCAUCAGCUCUGGGAUUUGGGUUUCUUGCUCUUCUGAUUUUCUUAACAUCUCUACUUGCUGACUAUUUAUAUGGCUCCAAGCCUGUGAGCAACCCCAUUCAGAAGGAAAUGCUCCUAAGUAGUGGAAUCUCAAGAGUGUCUUGUGUGCUUGCUUAUUGCAUUGUCAUUCCCCUUUUGGAAGAAGUUGUUUAUAGGGGAUUUCUUUUGACAUCACUUUCAUCCACCAUGGAAUGGCCACAAGCUGUUGCCAUAAGCUCAGUUAUAUUCAGUGCCAUUCACUUAUCUGGUGAGAACUUCCUUCAAUUGUUCAUCAUUGGGUGUUUACUUGGAUGCUCCUAUUCUUGGACUGGGAAUUUGUAUUCCUCCAUUGUUAUACAUUCCUUGUACAAUGCUUUCACUCUAGUAGUAUCUUAUUUCUAUUAAAUUGUAUUUACAAAUAUGAUUGAGCAAACUUGUUAUCUUUUUGUUCGAGUGAUA